AUGCAUCAAUUGGCAGCGAUGGACGAUCAAUUUUGCGUGGUACCUUUCUGGGAUAUCCCAUUUAUAGAAGCUGACAACUUACUGUCGGAUUACUACGAUGAAAGUAGUAUUUCUAAAGCUGCUUCCAGAUGUCCAAACAACGUUUCCAAGGUUUCAACACGAUACUUAUUGGACGAAGAUUUGGAUGAUGUACUGGAACAGAUUUACACAUCAACAGCAGAGCAAAAUGACGAAGGACAAUUAUUGUGCAGUUUAGAUGAUGAAUGUGACAAACCUGGUUAUUAUGAUGGUAAUGAUAUUUCGUGGCUGAAUGAAUUCAUGAAUAUUUAUGGGAUUACCACUUUAGAUUCAAAUGAUGAUUUUAACAUGAAAAGUAUCAAUACAGUCGUUACAACACCACAAGCCAAGGCAAAUCAUUCAGUUAUUGUACCGCCUAUGGAAGAAAUGAAAAAUGAUGAAAUUUUAAUUGAUAAAUGCACUACACAAUUGUCAAUAGCUCCGGACAAUGUUUCGAUGAUGUCAUUUGAUAUUUGUACUGCUGCUGGUAGUGGAAAUAUGUUUUCUGCUCGAAAAACUAACACAGCACGAAAAAGUGUUAAAAAUGUGAUGGGAGAAAACGAUAAGACAAUACAUUCAAGUGCUGUGGAAAUUGCGAAUGGCAGUAUUCACGAAAAAAGCAGUGUUGUCUCAGAUCACAUGCAAAAGCUUGAAAAUUUUGCAGUAAACGGAAUGCUUUUUGAUGGUAUUAGUGAGCGCAAACGGGAGCAGAAUCGUUGCGCAGCAAUUCGAUAUAGAGGUAAGCGUCGUGAAGAAGUGAAACAGAUGAAACAAGAGUUGCAUAAGCUUGAACUACGCAACACAGAAUUGAAAACUGAAAUGAACUGGCUCGAAAAAGAAGUCACUUAUUUAAAAAGUUUGAUGAAACUUACGAAGAGUUUGUGA